UUCGUAAAUAAGAACAAGCGUAGUUUCCCUAUCUCACACCGCACACCACGAAUUUUUAAAGUAAACAACCCGCGUGCUACCCCGCUUAACCCGUACCUUCGUUGGUCUAGUACCUACCUCAUCCAGCUCAUUCCUAGUUUUCGUGCCGUACAUUACGUAAGUGCCGCGUUAAAUUCACGUUUGGUGUUGUAUAGUGUAUUUUGUUUGGUUUUAAUCAUGUCGAAUAGGAAAAGAUGUUACAGUUCUGAUUCCGAUAGUGAUGAUUUUAUUAAGUGGAAAAUUUCCAAAUUACAAAAGCGCUUGGCGACUAAGUCUAAAUCAAAAGGCAAGAGAUCCAUCUCUCCAUCUCCCUCGAUCCAGUCGGGAUCGACAUCGUACCAAGACCAGGAUGGUUUUGUUUCUCCGGUGUUGCCGGAUGAAGACGACGUCCCUUUAUCUGUUCUCGCAGCCAGUAUUAACGCAGACUCAAACGAUCUUGGUACAAACACUUUCAGAGAAGAGAGGACUUCAACCCUAGAUCCCAAUAUCUUAGCCCUUCUGGGAAUUGAUAAACCAGCUGGGGAAUCACUAGGGCCAGACAUUCAUGUUGACUUGGCUAGUAGGUGGUCCCUUGUUCUUAGCAACGGUCUAAGCGAGGAUUCUGUAAAUACUUUAUUAAAGAAAUAUCCACCUGCUGGUAACUGUCCCCUUUUAAAAGGCCCUCGUUUAAAUCCGGAGAUCGCCGCUGUUGUUAAUGAGCAGGUCUCUCGAAGAGACUCUAAUUUUAAUAAUCUUCAAAAUCAGAUUGGUGCUGCCCUUUCUGCAUUGGGACAGCUAACGACAGCCCUGGUCUCAGAAGAGGGGGGGGCUAAGCUUUCUUAUGUUGAAUUGGCCAGUGAUGCGAGCAGAUUGCUGUUAGAUUUUCAUCACAAAUACUCCGUCAUCCGCAGAGAUUUUCUGAUGUUAAAUCUCCGAAGAGAUUCGAAUCUAAAGGAAACUCUCAUUGGAGCGCCUGCCGACACAUGGUUAUUUGGCAAAAAUCUGAGCGAGCGAAUUAAAGCCUCCAAAGAUAUAGAGAAGACGGGUUUAGACUUGAAACCCACUAAGGCGGCUAAAUCUAAUAUCACUUUUAAACAGCCUUCUAGACAGUUUCCGGUAAACUCUUACCGUCCACCUCUUCGAGUACAAAGGGGGGCAAGUCGGGGUGGACGGCAAAGCAAGUUACAAAUUCCCUCUCAGCCGUUUCAAACAAGACCGUACCCUCCUCAAAGAAAGACAACGGACCAAGAUCGUCGUCGUCGACAGGAAGUUCGUCCCAAUCACAGACGAACACGCUAGACUGUAUUGAGGUCUCAGCCGCAUCCGUUAUGGUCACAGCUUAUCCUGGUUGCAGGGCUCUUAUCCGGAAAAGCCUAGAAUUAAG